AUGGCAAAUAUCAUAAGAAAUUUAGUGCUAACUGUGAUUAGUUUAUCAUUUGUUAAUACAGAUACACCUAUAAAAUUCUAUCAAGAAAAGAAAUUUCACGAAGCACAAGAGCUCACGGAUGACAACAUAAAAGAAAUAGCGCAGAUGUCAAAUAGGGAACACUUCAGGAAAGUUUUGAACCAAAUAUUAAUACCUCGCGUUGUUGGUACUUUAAAUCACGAUAAAGUAGGUAAUUAUAUAUCAAAUGAGAUGAGGAACCUCGGUUGGGAUGUCCAGGAGAAUAUAUUUCCCGAUCACACGCCUGUAUUCGGGACACUGAACUUUAGAAAUAUAAUUGCGACGUUAAAUCCUAAUGCGGAUAGAUAUCUUGUACUGGCCUGCCAUUAUGACAGUAAAUAUACGAGGGAGCAUGUGUUUAUUGGAGCGACAGAUUCAGCGGUGCCUUGCGCGAUGUUAAUAAACAUGGCGGCUGUUAUGUCCAAACAAUUGGAGACUAAGAAGAACUCGUCUCCUAGUCUUAUGUUCAUAUUCUUUGAUGGCGAGGAAGCCUUCAGGCAAUGGGGUCCUAAAGAUUCUAUAUAUGGAGCAAGGCAUCUAGCUAAAAUGUGGCACGGAACGCCGUAUAAAGAUGGCGCCAAUCACUUACAGAGACUGGACGUUCUAAUGCUAUUAGACCUCCUCGGUACACCGGAUCCGGCUUUCUAUAGCUAUUUCAAAUCCACCGAAAAAUGGUACAUACGGUUGGCAAGCGCUGAACAAAGACUAGCUGAGUUAUCACAAUUCUCAGCCUACUCAAGAGGAAAGGCAGAACAGACAUACUUCAGAUUGUCAAGCUCAAACGCAGUCAUUGAAGACGAUCAUAUACCGUUUUUGAGGAGAGAUGUAGACGUUCUUCACAUCAUACCGAACCCGUUCCCCAGCGUCUGGCACACGGAACGCGACGACAUGUCAGCACUAGACUUCAACACUAUAGACAAUCUCAAUAAAAUAUUCCGAGUAUUCGUAGCCGAAUACUUACAUUUGAUGUCCUAA